AGAAGAAAUCCGAGGAGAUAUCCCGGCGUUAACAGCGCCACGUGAGCGUGGCGCAGGCACAAGCCACGAGGUGGCGCUGUCCCGUGAGAUGGAGUCGUGAGAUGGAGUGCCGAGGUUGAAGCGCACGACUCACGCACAUGCACCAAAUCAACCUAGGCUCUCAUGCACUCCGCGUUUCCUCCGCGUUGGAGCUGACCCGCGCCCCAGCACAAAGCAACAGACGUACACUGUGUGGCCAAUUCUCUGUGUUAUCUUGAUGCAACCAUCGGCGUGAACAGUCCAUUACACGAGCCGGCAGGCUCAAUCAUUACCUUACCAAUUCCCAAGCCGCCAUGUCUGAAACGCUCCCAACCGCAACCGUGUCCCCCAAAGCCUCCACUUUGCCGCCUAUCCCAGCAGGCGAUCCAUUGACUCCACCGCAAUGGAAGACACUCCUCGCCAUCGCCGAGACUAUCAUACCCACUGUGAAGCCAGCCUCAAUCGCUCGAAGCAGGACUGAGAUUGCGGUGACAGACAAUGAGUACUCGGCACACAUAAGCAAGCUUCGGGGCCUCACGCCCGAGCCUAAUGGCGAUGAGGCCGCCAAAGCCUUGCUUGACGACAAUCCUGCAUCGGAUCCCGUGUUCAGAGAGGAGCUUCGAAGAGUGAUAGCGCUCACUUUACCUCAAUCGAACAAGAAGGAUCUCUCAAUGAUCUUGAACAUACUCAACACCCGCGCUGGAUCACUAGUCCUCACAGGCAAGGUCACGCCCUUCAGCGAGCAGCCUAUACAUGUGCGAGAAACAAUACUUCAAUCAUGGGCGACGGCACGUUUGCCUCUUCUCCGGCAGCUUGUUCGAUCCAUGGGCGCUCUGUCAAAGCAGACUUGGCUGAAAACCAGCGAAACGUUGCCCCGCUUCCUCGGGUACCCACGUGUACCAAUUGGCAUGAUUCCAGGAAAAGGUUUUGAUUACGAGUUCAUCCAGUUUCCUCCUGGAGAGAAACCGGAAGUCAUCGAGACAGAUGUCGUUAUUGUAGGUAGUGGGUGUGGAGGCGGAGUUUGCGCAAAGAAUCUGGCUGAAGCUGGACAUCGUGUGAUUGUUGUUGAGAAGGCACACCAUUGGACUCCGGAGCACUUCCCUAUGCGCGACCAGUACGGAUGGAACAACUUAUUCAUGCACGGUGGCGGCAUCCAAUCAGACGACAGUACAUUGGCUGUCGUCGCGGGUCAGACCUUUGGAGGCGGUGGAACGGUGAACUGGUCUGCGUCUCUCCAAACACAGGCAUAUGUUCGGAAAGAGUGGGCUGACCGUGGGCUUCCAUUCUUCACUUCUGCCGAGUUUCAAGAUUCGCUCGACCGCGUGUGCCAACGGAUGGGGGUUUCGACCGACUACAUCGAACACAGCAAUAUAAACCGGCUACUGCUCGAAGGCGCGCGCAAGCUAGGUUAUUCGGCUAAGGCUGUUCCCCAGAAUAGCGGAGGGAAGCGACAUUACUGCGGUCAAUGUACCUUUGGCUGUGGCUCCUGCGAGAAGCAAGGCCCCGUUGUUAGCUGGCUACCCGAUGCAGCUCGCGCCGGUGCAAAGUUUGUCGAGGGCUUCCACGCCGAGAAGAUCAUCUUUGCAAAACGAGGUGGACAACAGGUUGCCACAGGUGUAAAGGGCACCUGGGUUUCAAGAGAUAUCAAUGGCGGUAUCGCUGGGGAGCCGGUUACCAGACGCAAAGUUAUCAUCAAGGCCAAACGCGUUAUUAUUUCCGCUGGUACGAUGCAGUCGCCCUUGCUACUCCUGCGGUCUGGGCUCAAAAACCACCACAUCGGACGCAACCUGUAUCUACACCCCGUGAUCUUCCUCGGCGGCAUUUACAACGAAGACAUUGUACCUUGGGAAGGCGAUUGUCUUACCUCGGUUGUUAAUGAGUUUGAGAACCUGGACGGCAGAGGCCACGGAGUCAAGAUCGAAGCGACCAACAUGACCCCGUCCGCAUGGCUCACCUUCAUGAGCUGGAAGGGUGGCCUAGAUUACAAACUGAACGCUGCACGCAUGAGGCACAUGGCUGGAUACUUUGCGAUCGCCCGCGAAAAACAUCCAGGUCAAGUAUACCCCGAUCCCCACGAUGGACGUGUCCGCGUCAAAUACACGACUUCCAAUUUCGACAAAGCCCAUCUGCUUGAAGGUAUUAUUGCCCUGGCCAAAAUCCAGUAUGUUCAAGGCGCAACCGAGAUAUUCCCUAUGAUUCCAGGCCACAAUUCCUUUGUACGCGAUCCUGCCACGCCCACGAGCGAAGGGGUCAACGAUCCGAAAUUCCAGGACUGGCUUAGUGGGCUUAGGGCCAAAGGCCUCCCAAGCCCUGAGACAAUGUAUGUGUCUGCACAUCAAAUGGGCACCAGUCGUAUGAGUGCAAAGGAAAAGGAGGGAGUCGUGGAUCCUACGGGCCUGGUUUGGGGCACGAAGGGUCUGUAUGUUGCGGAUGCGUCGGUAUUCCCGUCUGCCAGCGGUGUCAAUCCGAUGAUUACUAACAUGGCUAUCUCUGACUGGAUCUCCCGCGGAAUUGCAAAGGGGUUAGCUGAGCGUCCGAAAUUGUGAUCCUGCUUCCAACCGAAUAUCAAAAUGUGGAUAGCGGAAAUUGUUCCUGUCCGUAGGAUUGAACGUCUCGGUCUAUGCACAAGUUCAUGUUGCGAAUAGUCUAACGACGUAGCUCGCCAUUAUAUUCCAAUCGUCUGAGAACAGAGAAACCUGCUCUCAAGGGUCCGGUUUUCCGUCGCUUCAAUUUUACCCCGCAGACCGAGGCUCAAGUUCAACAAUCCCCGCAUCAA